ACAGGCAGGAGGCGAGGUGAGAAAGGCUGCGAAAGCUGCGCAUGCGAACAGGCCAACCGCACGUGCGUCACCGUAGCCCUUUCUCUCUCGCCCGCCUCAUCCGUGCCAGGCGAUCUCUCUCUCUUUCCCUCUGUCUGUCUCACGCACGCGCACGCGGCAGGCCUCGAUAGCUGGACGCCGGCGGCUAGACCGGCUGCAGGAAGCCCGUUCGCCUGCCCUACCUUAGGCCGUCCCGUCGACCCCACCCUUCGACUGCCCGCCCACGCAGUCCUCCGGACGCCAGCGCCUGAAGCCCAUUGGCUCGGCAAAAAAAAGCACUUGUGCCUGCCGGGACGCCGCGACUCCGCCUCUCCUCCGACCACCGGGGCCACACCGCGAACCAGCAACUGCCGCCACAACACAUUACAAUCACGCACGCACGCACGCACGCAUCGCACACUCGCAAGAGGGGCGAAUCGAAACCGACAGGACCUCAUGUCCGGCACUCUUCAGCUGCUUUUGGCUUCGCACCCGACCUUCCUUCGUCUCGCAGACGCGGCCACGUCACGUGAUGCCGCGACGGCCUCGGCCCUCUGCGCCGGCCAGCCGGGCGACCUCGCCAGGCCGACCGACUGCCCUGGAGACCGAAAGUUCGGCCUCGACGCCACGACAACCACGGCCCGGCCUGCUGCGAAGUCGGCGACGCGGCAGCCCAGCGACUCGACGCCGCCAGUCGGCCACGACGACGCGGCCACGCGUUGCACGCUUCGGCCCAGGUCCGAGUCCGUCUCGCCGCGGGUCGCGACACAGCCGCCAAUCGGUGAGUUCUGA